AUUAGCGGUUUCAUUGAAUUACCACAUGACCGUAACCUUCUCAAACUUUGUAAAAACUGAGCUUACAGAUCAUUGAUAAUGAAGAAUUUAAUUAAAUUUACUCAAAUUUUGAAUAGAAUACAGUUUAAUAUUGAUCGAUGCAUUAGUUCGUUGCUAUUUAAUGAUAAAUUUAGGUUUGCUUACGAUGUUGCUCCACCUGUACAACAAUCAUCAGAAAACAAUCAAUUAUCCUUAAAAGAUAUUGUCAAUGAUUCUAUAUUGUGGGCUGUGCCUAAAAGUAGACGAAGCGUUGAGCGAAGAUUCACCCGAAGGAUGCGAUUUCAUAAACAUUUCGAACAUGCUACUCCAAAAAAAAAUAUUACACCUUGCUUAGAAUGUGGUAAUUGGAUGGAAAGAGGAACAAUAUGUGGUCACUGCUAUGAAAAAGUAAGAGAUGAAACAGAAGAGAUGCAAAAUAAAAUUCCUGAGAAAAUUAGGAAUUUUGAUGCUCCAACAAAAGAAAUUCAAUUUCAUUAUGAGGAUGAUGACCCUCAAAUUAGGAAAGAAAAUAAGUAUAUUGUUGAUAUGAAGAAGAAACGGCCGACGUGGUUUAACGCCAAUUUAUUGUCUAAAGGUUUUGGACGUUAUUCUUAAAAAAUAUUUAACCUUAAAAAAUAAACGAUUCCCUUUUCUCUACCAGAAUUAAAUUUCGAACACGCUAUUAAUGGAACACAAAACCCAAAACUCCCAUACACUAGCACCAUUUUCCAGACAAAUUUUAACGCUUAUAAAAGUAGUGUCCGACUAGAAAAGUUUGAGCACAAUCGAUAUUAUAACUAUUGGCACUCUGAUACUUAUUCACAGUAUCACUGUGCUUAAUUUGUUAUGAAAAUAUAUAAUUUAACAUGAAAAGUAGAACAUGGACGGAGAUUCCAAACGCAACGAUUUCCUUACAUAUUGAAAUGACUUUAUCCUCAAAACCUCAUUUUUUUGAUUUACACAACAACAAAAUACUACAUAAACAUAAAAUCGAUGAUUUUACUUUUCCCACAUAAAAUUUUCAAACGAGACGACAUACAUACAAAUUUUCGUUUAAUACGGCUUAGCAUCAUUCUUCGGUCUCUUCAGCUGAACCUUUAGGCGUUUCGUGCCUAUUUGAAAACCAUUCAUCGACUGAAUCGCGGCAUGUGCUGAUACAGGAUUGUCAUAACUCACAAAACCAAAACACUUGCUUAAGUUUGUUGCCUUGUCGAUGAAUACUUUAGCGGAUAUUAAAUUACCAAAGGGCGAGAAAGUCUGUAAAAGAUCGUUGUCUGUGAACUCGGGUGGUAGGUGAUAAAUGAACAGAUUGGCUCCAUUCGGUCCUUCAGUCUGUCGAUUUGAACCAUUGGCAGCCACGGGUGUUUGAGGACUGCAAUUAGGAGGCGAUUGCUGCUGGUUGUAUUGUUGAACUCCUGAGUAGGCUUGAGUGAAAGCUUCGGAGCCUGAUCCAACCAUUUGAGCUAUCAAAGAGUUUAAGUUGUUCUGUUGAUGGGCUUCAACUUGUCCUAGUAGUCCUAAUUGCGCCAAAUUUGAAAUCAAGUUAGGAUUAGCAGCUAGUGCUGACGCCGCGGAAAUAACUUGUUGCAAAUAAUUAACUUGCUGUGAUUGUUGUUGGGGUUGCUGCUGACCAGUCGUUUGAAGUACUUGUUGAAGCAUUUGUAUAUAUUGUGGGGGUACAUUGUUCAAGUUUAAACCCGGAAUACUUGCUUGAGGGGCAGUGGGAUUCGGUUGUUGAACAGUUCUUUUGGCAUCCUUGUCCUUUUGAGUGUCGGCUAACUUGACAACAAUCGGUGAUCUACAACCCUCCAUAGUCUGACUAUGAUGCAUUGCUCUUAUAGCAGCUGCUGCAGAGGAUCUGCUUGAAUAAGUAACAAAUGCGCAUCCUUUGCUACAACCGCUUUGCUCUCUUAAUAUUGUACAUUCUUCGAUUUGGCCGAACGAUUGGAAGAUGUCACGAACAUCUGUCUCAUUAAGUUGCUUUGAUAGCAUACCUACAAAGAGCUUCCUCUCCUCAAUAUUUCUUUUCUCAGAAUCAGCCGGCUUCAUUUGUAUAGGAUGCGCCAUUCCAGGUAAUGUUCUCACAUUAUGCAAAGCAUUUUGAGCGGAUAAAGCAGAUAACCUAUUGUAAUAAGUUACGAAACAACAUCCCUUACUCGAACCAGUUUGCUUAUCCCUCAGGAUACUCAAUUGAUAAAUGGGUCCGAAUUCAUCCAAUACUUGGCGUAAAUCGCUUUCUUCCAUAGUACGUGGGAUUUGCCCAACAAACAUCUUGAUCGCAUCGCUAUCUGGUUCAGUCAUUUUUCCUAGAUUUUAUAGUUUGUUACGAUGUCACUCUGAAAAGCUUUGGAUGUUUGGUCUACAUUUUUUAAAAAAUGCUUUACUCUAUAACUAAGAUGGCGGAUGUUGGUCAAUAAGCAAGUGUUAACCAAUCACCACCAGUCUUCUUUUUUAAAAUCACUCAAUAUCCAAUGUGAAAACGUAUAAGAAAAUAGAUCACGUGACCCCCCUACAGUAUAUAAAAAAUAAUAGAAUAUCCUCAUAAUGUAUUUACCGGUUUUUAACCGGUUUCCGGUUAUUUGAAAUAUAUAGACUUUCAAUAAUUAUCUAUUCCCAAAUCUGGAAUUGCAUGCAGAUUGCAUUUUUCUUCUAAAUUUAAAAUAUUAUAAUAAUUCUUUUAGGACAAAGCUUUUACUAAUAUAUUUUCUUCAUUUUAAAACUACCAUUUAGCAUAAGAUCAACUAUCAUAUUUCAAUCAUUUAUCCUCUAAAUGACUACGACGGAAAUUAAGUGUAUUUUAAAAGAAAGUUAAUUUACACAGUUUAAUGGGCAGUCAUUAGCAAAUCAAUGUAAUUGAAGUUAUUGAACUAGAGAAGUGAAGAAGAGUUUCACAGUUGCCAUACUUUAUUUAAAGAUUUUCUCUUUUUUCAAAAAGAAAUUGAUAUAACUAUAUUUGAUCUCAACACUUGUAUGAUAUUUUAGUUAACAGCUUAUUGAGGCAAACAUAACAUUGAUAACAUAGUUAUAUUUACGAUUCUAUAUUUAGUUAGUAUGACGUAAUUUAUAAAAAUCGGAUUUAUUUACCUUUAAA